UUUGUGUCUGUUUUCUCCCACAGGGCAAAAUCUCUGAUCAGGUUUACAACUAUCCAGAGGGCUUAGGAGAAGUGCUUUAUAGAGAACAGUUCGACUUCAACGCUGAGCCACCUUGGGAACCUAGCUGAUGAUAGUAGGGUUCCAUCUCCUAACUUGUCCAUUUUGUUGCAUAAUUUAAGGACCCGGAUCUAAGGCUUGGAAGCCCAUCCCUUGUGUUUCUUGGUUUAUGACUGUCGGCUUUGUGGAAAACGGCUGAGAUGAAAGGAUUUCUGGAGGAUGCAAAUUACUCCAUUGGCCUGUUGGAUGAAGGAGCAACGCUUGCAGAUAUUAUUGACAACUGUAUUUAUGAACAUACUCAUACUGGCAAAAGAGCAUUUUAUGUUGGUGAUCUUGGAAAGCUGGUGAAGAAAAACACACAAUGGCAGAAUGUGAUGGCACCAAUAAAACCAUUUUACCCUGUAAAAUGCAAUUCUACUCCAGGUGUACUUGAAAUUCUGGGAACUCUUGGAAUUGGAUUUGCAUGUUCCAAUAAAUCUGAAAUGGUAUUGGUACAAGACUUGGGCAUUUCUCCUGAAAACAUCAUCUAUACAAGUCCUUGCAAGCAAGCUUCUCAGAUCAAGUAUGCAGCAAAGACUGGGAUAAACAUCAUGACCUGCGAUAGUGAUAUUGAGCUGAAGAAAAUUGCACGUAGCCAUCCAAAUGCCAAGCUCUUACUGCACAUUGCCACAGAAGACAUUACUGCUGAUGAGGAGAUGAAUAUGAAGUUUGGUACCACGCUGAAGAACUGUAGGCACCUCAUGGAAUGUGCUAAGGAGUUUGGAAUCCAAAUAGUUGGUGUUAAAUUUCACAUUUCAAGCACUUGCAAGGACCUGCAAACGUACAUUCAUGCUAUAUCUGAUGCUCGGUGUGUGUUUGACAUGGCUGAAGAAUUUGGCUUUAAGAUGAACAUACUGGAUAUUGGUGGGGGCUUCACAGGUUCUGAGCUUCAGCUGGAAGAGGUUAAUCAUGUCAUCAGGCCACUGCUGGAUGUCUACUUUCCUAAGGAAUCUGGUGUUAAUGUGAUCGCAGAGCCCGGUUGUUACUAUGUUUCAUCUGCAUUUACGUUGGCAGUUAACAUCAUUGCAAAGAAAACUGAAUGUGAUAAACUUCUUCCUUCUGGAGUGGAGCAAGCCAGGGAUGAUGAACCAGUAUUUACCUAUUACAUAAAUGAUGGUGUUUAUGGUUCUUUUGCAAGUAAAUUGUCUGAGAAACUGAAUACUACUCCGGAGGUUCACAAGAAAUACAAGGAAGAUGAGCCUCUGUUCACAAGCAGCCUUUGGGGUCCAUCCUGUGAUGAGCUUGAUCAAAUUGUGGAAAACUGUCUUCUUCCCGAGCUGAGUGUUGGAGAUUGGCUGAUCUUUGCUAACAUGGGUUCCGGUACCUUAGGUGAACAGUCCACCUUCAAUGACUAUCAGCGGCCACUGAUUUACUACAUGAUGUCUUUCAGUGACUGGGAUGAGAUGCAAGAUGCUGGAAUUGCUUCAGACACAUUGAUGAAGAAUUUCUUCUUUGUGCCUUCGUGCAUUCAGCUGGGCUCAGAAGACCGCUUUUCCACUGCAGCUUAAACAGGCAUUAACGCUUCAUUUUAGACCUGCAGUUGCAAGUCUGUAGUUUGUCUGGUCAACAUUCCAAUGUGGAAGAAAUGGAACAAUCUUGAGUUCAAUUCACUCUUGUCAAAACUUGAAAAAAAAUAGUAAUAGCUAAUUGGGACCAGGCAAAACCAGCUACAGCUACAAUUCACUGGGGUGUGUGGGGAGGGUUAGAUAACGGCAUCCAAAUUUCAUCUUAACAGUUUGUUUAACCCCUGAGCGUUUAAAUAUGCAACAAAAUGGAUGACUUAGUGGAGAUGGAAACCCAUCACUUGGGUUCUUCAACAGUUUACAUACAAGUACAGUUUUUAUACUAAGGAUUCCUGUUAGAAAAGUCUUGUAAAGUUAUUGUCUUUCGCCCAGAUAUAUCAAAUGUCAGUGGGAGACCAGUGUGACUUCAUUAGGUGUUUAGUGUAUUUAGAAUGUGUAAAUUUGUGCUUUGAACUGUAGUUUAAUAAAUGUAAAAUUGCAUCAUAGUAUUUGUUGUAUUUGACCCUUGAUGUACCCCUUGUAUGGUUGCAAUAAAACUUUGUGUAGAUUUUA